AUGGCCGAUAGUAGUUCAUCUACUUUAUUAUCAACGGCACAGGUCGUUAUUCCACCAGCACCAUCGCCAAAUGUUAGAUUUGCAUCGUUGAGGCAUUGGUAUUCACGUUCAGAACAAACAUUAGAAGCAUCAGAAGCGAGAUUGUUAUCAAGGUUGGCGUACUUUAAGAUAGAUGGUAAAACAGUAGGUUCACCAGAAAAUUCAAAAACAACAGCAAGAGUGGGAUUGGUGGACUUGGAUGAUACCGACGAUUCAGACGAAACCUUAAAUUAUGAGCAGCUUGGAUUUACUGACAUGCCGCAAACGGAUUUGAAGGUCCAAUCAAAUACAACGACAGUAAAUGAGGAAAAAAAUCCCUCAAUUAAAAAUUUGGUGAUGUGUCAUGGAUUUGGAGGGGGACUUGGAUUUUUUUACAGGAAUUAUCAUGGAAUAAGUCAAGUACCCGGGUGGAGAACUUACAGUAUAGAUUGGUUGGGGAUGGGUAGAAGUUCUCGACCACCAUUCAUUAUAAAGGGGAAAACCGUUGAUGAAUAUGUUGAAGAGACCGAAAAUUUUUUUAUCGAUUCAUUUGAAAAAUGGAGAAAAGUUCAUAAAAUUGAUAAAAUGACCCUAUUGGGUCACAGUUUAGGAGGAUAUUUAGCAGCGGUUUACGCUAUGAAAUACCCCAUGUACGUAGAAAAACUGAUAUUGGUUUCCCCAGUUGGGGUGCCAAGAAAUCCACAAAAUGAACCGGGAUACCUUAAGGAUGGUGGAAGACAAAUUCCUGGAUGGGUCAUAAAGUUAUGGAAUGCUCAUGUCACUCCACAACUAAUAUUGCGUUGGUUAGGACCAUUCGGUCCGUCCCUUGUUACGAAAUAUACCUCUCAUAAAUUUUCUCACCUUGAAGAAAUCGAUCAAUUAGAUUUGCAUGAUUAUCUUUAUAACAUUUCCACCGCCGCGGGUAGCGGAGAAUUUGCUAUUACAAGAAUCCUUGAACCCGGUGCUUUUGCUCGUAAACCAUUAAUUGAUAGGUUGCAUGAAAUAAAAAUGCCCACCACAUUUUUGUAUGGUGAAAAUGAUUGGAUGGAUUAUCGUGCCGCCGAGAAAGCCAAAAAUUCAAUGAAAGUGCCCGUUAAAAUUGAGAUAGUACCAAAAGCUGGUCAUCAUCUUUAUCUUGACAAUCCUAUCGAUUUUAAUAAAUUUGUGAUCAAAGAGAUGUUGGAAAAUUCUAAUAAGUAG